AUGUUAAUGGUCUGCAUGAGCUUGGCCUCAGCAGCCAUGGCCGGUUAUUUACCGGGUUAUGCUUCGAAAUAUGAGACAACGACUUCGAAUUUAAUUGAAAAAACUCCUGGAGGUAUGGUAAGGGCUGAUUCUUCCUCAUCAUCCUCCUCAACCUCCACCACCACCGAAUCCAUGACAGAUGACCCCGGUUUGGUGCAAGAAGUGAUUUCCCAACUACCCGUCACUCUGCCAGCCCUUCUCCCCGAUAUGGACACCCCCAAGCGACGUGUCAUCACCUAUGAUCAACGUCAAGAGGGUCAAUAUAAUAUUCGUGCCGAUUUGGAUAAUUUCAUGUUCCUGCUGAUACCGGCCAGCGCCACGGAUAAUUUGAGUAUUUUCGAUAUCUUAGGAAAAUCUGGUUCGAGGCGAACUCCCCAUUCCUCAUUAAAAUCAUCGAAUAAAAAGAAAUAUUCUCCCAGUAAUUCGGGUCUGAAGUCGGUGGAUGGUGGUUCUUUGAAAUAUCGUCAAGCUAUGAAGAGUUCGGUGGAGUAUUUACCAAGGUCUAGUGAACAUUUAUCACCCUCUUCGAGAGUGGGAGAAUUUAUUGAAGGCCGUACACCAUAUCAUGUGGACAUAUCUGCCCUGCAUGAUGAUGGAGAGGUGCAGUCACGUUUGAAUCCCGAUAGGCAGGUUGAUGUCCUACCACCACCCUCAUAUCCUUUGGCCUAUCAACAUCUGAUGAAACCCUAUUUGGAGGCGGAUUCGACAAUUAUUCAGGCCUUGCCACCGGCAGAAUUGGCAGCCAAUCGGGCUAAUUCAGAACCCCUGUCCAAUCCCGGCUAUUAUCGUUUGGCCCGCUACAUACGAGGUGAUACCUAUUUGGAUUCGAAUCGUUUGGGUGGAAACUCUCCCUCUUCGCAUACGGCUGCCACAGGCCGAAGAAUAUCCCACAUUCCAAUGUACCGAGCCGAUAUGUCAAUGGGUGCCGGACAAUUGUAUCCACCAAUUGAUAUACCCAAUUUUAAUUUACCCUCCACGGCACGCAGUUUCGAUGACACCCCCUCGACAUCAAGUGAAGAAUUGGAAUCGAAACAAACUUUGGAAGGUGGAGAUGGAGAUUUGAAAUAUGAAGAUGUCUAUUUACCCACAAUUCACAUUCGCCCAUUGGAGGAUGAUCUCGAAUUGGAGUUGCACACCGAUGGUCUGAUUGAUGGUGAAGCCAAGGCCCUGCUCAGUGAUGGUAUUGAACGUUGUGCUCCCGGCAAGAGGCGGGAUAGUUAUGGGGUAUGCCGUGAAAUUGAGGGCUACUAAAGAGGA